AUGCUUGGCGGCGGAUGCUCCGAGUGCAUGAAGUGGCGGAACAAAAUCUCUGGUGGAUGGUAUAGUCAGAGUUGGGUUUUGGAUUCGAUUGUUGAAGAGAUUGUCAGAAAGCCUGUCCCGAUGGGGUCCGGGCAAGACAGUGCUAAAUGGUGUCUGAUAGAAUCUGGGGAUUUCUCGCUCGCCUCAACCUACCCCAUAUCUGGUGGCCAGCGGCCUGCCUCUUUCAUGUUUGAUAGGGUUUGGCAUCCUUUACUGCUUAUCAAAAUAGCCUUUUUCAUGAUACGUGUGUUGAGGGAUCGGUUGCUUUUAGCGUCGUCACUAGGGAGGCUGAAUGUCCAUGGUCCAUCGAAGUACUUUUGUUGUAUGGAGUUCCAAUCAGAGUCGUUGGACCAUAUUUUUUCGGAAGGUGAUCUUGCUCAAUUCCUUUGGAGAUUCUUUGGGCAUGCGGUGGGUGUGGUAUACAGAGAGGCAGGGGUUCGAUCUCGCUUGGUAGGUUGGUGGUGUCGAAUGCCGCAUCACUCUUGUGUUGAGGCGGUCCACUCGGUGGUGCCUAGCAUGAUUUGCUCGCAUAUCUGGUUGGCCCGGAAUUUAGCCUAUUUUGAAGGUCAAUUCUUACGUAGGAAGACCAUCUGUGAUCGUAUCUUGGCGGAUGUAGUUGGGCUCUUUGGUGGGCAAUGUGCGGGAGGACCGGAUGGAGUGGUUCGUUGGGAGACGCCAUCUACCAAGAUUUGCAAGUUAAACACAGAUGGAUGUUCGCCGGGCAAUCCGGGGAUUAGUGGAGGGGGUGGUGUGCUUAGGGACUCUUCUGGAGCGUUAAUAUUUGGGUUCUCCAUUCCUCUCGGGGAGUUGAUAAGCCUUCAGGCUGAAACUAGGUCACUGCUCUAUGGGGUGCAGCAAUACCUUUCCCGGGGUUUCUCCAGGGUUCAGAUAGAGGUGGACUCCCUAUUGCUCGUCAACAUCCUUCGCGAUAAGUCGAGGUGCCCGUGGCGGGUACGGUCGAAAAUUGAAUCAAUUCAAACAGUCCUCCGGACGGGUUGGUCAGUAGAACAUUGUUAUCGUGAGGCGAACCAAGUGGCAGAUGCUUUGUCUAAGGUGGGGGCGUUAGGUUCAGGUAUUGUCAUUUACACUUCACAGUCGGCGCUACCAAGGCCCGCGAGGGGGCUAUGGUCUUAG